CAACGUUCAAAGGACGUAAACAACAACCCGCAUCCCUUUCAAGAUAAGCAGAAAACACAGGAAAAUACCAAAAUAGAAGGAAUUUUCAUGGUUUAAGGUUAUUUCUUCGAGUUCAGACGACCAAGAUGGAUAGUCACGAGGAAGAUGGGGAGAUAAUUGACGAGGGAAGACAUCACAUUCACGCGUCUAACGAUGAUCACGAAGUCGAGGAAGAUGAAUUCAGUAUGUCAUCCUAUGAUGGCGACCAAGGAGACAGCCUGGACAUCAAGCCCCCUCAAGCGGUUGUCCAGCGGCGGGAGAAACGCGAGAAGCGCGAGAAAAGGGAUCGUCACCGCCACAAGGGAGAGCGACACAAAGACCGCCACAGAAGCCGCGAACAUCGGAGCCACGAGGAGCGCAGGCGAGAGCAUCGACGACACAGGGAUCGUGGUGACGGAGGUGAAAGGAGGGAGAACCGCGAUGGUCGAAAGCACAAGGACAGAAGUAGCAAGCAUGAGAGGCAGGUGGUUGAUCUCCGAACCAAGCUGGAUAAGGGGAGGAAAAUGGUUGACAGAGAAAUGGAACGACGGAGAGACAGAGGACGAGACAUCGAAUACUACAUUGAUGAGAAGGACCAGUACGAACAUCUCGAUUACCACCGUGAACAUUCCAGUCGAGGAGGAAUGGGAAGCGGGGGAAUGGGUGCCAGUGAGCAUCCUGCCUACGUGCACCAUCGGAGAGAAGAUCGCAUGAUGGUCCAGCUCUCGCCAAGGGAAAGAGCAGAACGAGAACGGAGAAUGGAAAGGUUCCUUGUGGCAGGGAGUAGCAGGUAUAACAAAGGCCAUAGUGUUGGUUAUGGUGCUGACAACUGGCUGACACACAACACAAUUUCCCAACCUCAUGCCUGGUUUCAAAAUGAGAAGCAAAAGGAGUUGUCACAGCGCGAGGCCGAGUCCCGCAGGCAGAGAAGAGAAGAGGAGCGGCGAGAGGAGCAGCAGAUGGUAAGGCACCGAGGGGACAGCAUGCAAUACAGACACUCCCGACCGCACUCGCCCAUCGAGAUCCAUAAAAAGCGCAAAUACCAUCAUCAGGAUCACUAUGUGGUUGCAGAUGGCAUAGAUGAAGUGACUGUUGUCAGCGAAGAGGAGGAGGACGGCGUGUACGAAGACACUGUUAUCAGCCAUGAUGAGAGGAAAGGCUCCAAUGAGAGAAAGUCAGAUGAGGAGAGGAAGAAGAAGAAGAAGAGAAGAAAAGAAGUCGAUGACACCAUGAAGGAGGAGGUCAGAAUGGAGCAGUCCGACACGGCUGGGAGUGGCUCGUCCGACAGUGAGUCAGAUUCGGAGAGGGUACGCUCACCAACACCCCCUCAAAGGAACCAGUACCAUUCGGAUAGUACCAGUAGUGAAACAGAAGUCGAAGAGGAGGUGAAGAAUGAAGAGGACGUCAAAGAAGCAAAAGAUACAGCUGUUGACCAGAUGUCGGUGUCGGGGAGUGGCUCAGCGUCAGCGAGGUCUGGCACUUUGUCUCCUUCGCAGGCAGGACGUUAUAAGGACUCGCCUAG